AGUUUGUCAAAACGUGUCAGACGCUUUAUUACUCAACUUUGACCUGGAACCAGAUUUCAAAGCGAGACAUUCAGCUCCUGAAGAUCCGUCUGUUGGAUUUAUUAAACAUAACGAAUGCUACUGGCUGAGGGCCACAUGGCCAGAUUAAUCUGUUGGGUGGCCAUGGGACAAAAACAAACUGCGGGCCCCUGUUGGCCCCAGUCCCUCACGCUUUCUGUCCAUCAGAGUGCAUAGAACCGUGUUUGCUGUGAAACCAUGAAGGUCUGCAAUAAGUCUAACCACUGACACACCCUGAACCCGGGCCUUUCUGGGCACCUGGGGGUCUGGGGCCCAGUUGGAAAUCCAGCCUCAAAGGACCAGCGUGGGGUCUUCUCCCCAGAUGUUAUUGCAGCUGUGUAAAGCAGUCAUGUCUUCUUGGCUGCACGAGAGCCCUGAAAUGCCAGAUACCUGGAGACCGGAUCACCUGGAAGACUGCAGGACAGCACACAGCAAAGUCCUAACAAGCCAAGGCCAGGUGCGUCCCAAAUUUGUCAUUUUUAUUUUGAAGGUUAAAUGAUCCAACUUCCUGUGCUCUUCAUGUUGAACAGCUUGACGCCGUGAGGAGCUCGUGCGGCUGCAAAAGAUUUCAAGUGACUUUUAUUUGCCAUUUGCACAUUUACAGAGCGCAGACAUUAAAUUAAAAAACUACUUCUGAGUCCAUAAAUGUCCAUUAACAGACCCUCCAAUAUUAUUAACCAUCAGCUUGUUGAUAUUUUGGGAUGGGUUUAACAUCUCAGCCUCUAGGAGCCGCUGCGGAGUUUCCUGACUUUUAUGUUUCUCAGUAAACGGGAUGCAGGCUUUGACAAGUCCGGACUCGUCAUUUUUUGCAGCGGAGGCCACCUUCCUCACCCGACGCACCGCGAGGCUCAUCAUCCUCCAUCCGUCCAUCCAUCCAGACCAGAGCCUGGAUGGUCCAGCACCUCAUUUCCAAUUUGCACACAUAGUUCUGCUUUAUAUGAGGCAUGUAACCCGGGUUAUUGAUCAUUAUUAGCCCGGUUUAUGUGUGUUUUCCCCCCAUGGAGGACUAGUCAGGUCGGGGAUCCACCGCCCUGCAGGCUGCCGGGGAGAGACGGAGCUCCUCACCGACGGGAACGCACCCAGGUCGGGGAAGAAAACGUUAAAAAUGGUCGGUGUUUCGGGCUCAGGAGGCUCCUUUUGCCGUGAUGUGGACGCGGACGAGGCGCGUCACCGUGUCGGGGAUGAUGGUGAAACCAUGCGGCUGGGUGGUGCUCCCUAGCCUCCCCUGCCCCUCGCCUCCCACCUGAUCACCUCUCUUCCUCCAUCUCUCCUCCUGUUCACCAUGGCGACCACCCUGGAGACGCUGCUGGCCCAGCCCGACCAGGAGCUGAGCCCAGAGCGACAGGAUGGCUGCGAGGAGGUCGGCGGCCGCUACAAGGUGGUUCCCUCUGUCGUCUGCUCCAUGUGCUGUCUCUUCGGCAUCAUUUACUGCUUCUUUGGCUAUCGCUGCUUCAAAGCGGUGAUGUUCCUGACGGGCCUGAUGUUUGGCUCCGUCGUCAUCUUCAUGCUCUGCUACAAGGAGCGCGUUCUGGACACCCAGCUGAGCGUGGAGGCCUCGGUGGGCAUCGGCCUUGGCAUCGGCACGCUCUGCGGCCUGGUCACCAUGCUGGUUCGCAGCGUGGGCCUCUUUAUGGUGGGCCUUCUGCUGGGCCUGCUGGUGGCCGUGGCCACCCUGGUGGGCAUGGAAGAGCUUUCCGACAGCCCGCCGCGCUCCGUCUGGGUGCCCCUGGGCGUGCUGCUUGGCCUGGGCAUGCUGUUCGCCGUGCUCACCCUGCAGUGGCAGCGCCUCUUUACCACGCUGUCCACAGCGAUGUUUGGUGCAGCAGUCAUCACUGUGGCGUUGGACUACUUCGUGGAGCUCUUCGCCCUCGUGCUGUACAUGUACGAGCGAAUUAAAGCAGCACCUGGCAAGCCUGUGUGCUGGCUGACGUGGGUGGUGCUCGGGGUGUGGCCUGCCCUCACCCUGCUGGGUGUCAUGAUCCAGUGGAAGGUGACCGCUGAGGGCUACUCCCAUACCAAGGUAAUCAUCAGUCGGCAGCAGAGGAGGAUGCAGGUGAUGCGGAUUCGUCAGAGGGACGACCGCUAUCGCAAGAAGAAGAAGAAGCAGCAGCAGCACGGCUCCUCCUCCCACCAUCACCACCAGGCCAAGCAACUUCACCCUGAGCCCGCCUACCGCCGCAAACCCAACCCCAUCCGCCGCUACGACACAGACGUCCUUUCGCCGAGCUACAUCCAGAGUUUCCGAGACCGGCAGGUGCAGGCGCAGCCCUUCCCGAGCCGGCUGGUCGGCGGACCCCACGCCGUGGUGGAUGUGGGCUACGACUGCGGCUCCACAACGCCCCUCACCGGAGCUGCAGGACCUUCACUACGGGUCUGACCACUCCCCCACCUCCCGGAGGCCUGAACACACCCCUUAACCAGGGAGAUACAUGACUCUACCAUCACUACCCCACCUGGGUGUAAUCACACCUGUGCUAGAACAAACCACCUCUGGGUUUAAAUGCAAAGAUUCUGGGUUUAAACAUUAUCUGGGUUUAGCCACACCCCUGAGAGGAUGAAAAUAUAUUUAGGGCUGGAUUUACCCAAAAUGCAAAAUAUGUUUAACCCUUUACUAAUUAAAUUUUCCUCUUAAAGAUCAUAAAGCUCUCCUUGUGGCUACCUGCUGGAGCCAUUUGUGUGGUGCAAAGGUUUGGCUGACCUCUUUUCACUGACUUUCAGUAGAUUCAAAUGCACAAAUGCAUGCAUGCACUUACACAAACACAAACCGCAGCUACAAUCUUAAGGGUCGAUGUGGAAACCCGAAGUAGCCUGCUGUCCCAGCCCCGGCCUGUAUGUCACCGUCUCAAGUCAAACCAGAUCAGGGAUCACAGUUUCGGUGCAAACCUGCCUCAGGUUCAAACACAGGCAUUGUAUGAAAAAUCUAAAUACAACUUUGCCCUUGUUGAACGUGCUGUUUCUACCACUGUCGUCAUUUUUCAACCGAUGCUGCAGAAGCAACUAGUUCCUCAGCCUGUAGGCGUCUUAAAAGUCCAACAAAGAUCAUCUAUGAAGGGAAGUGAGGGCCUUUAAUUGCAAACCGGGAUCUUUUAUUUGCUUUCUGUGCCAUCUGGACAACAAAAAUCGUCCUUGAAAUGGGGAGAGACGUCUUUAAUGUAGAUUUUAAAAGGGGGAAACCCUUCGUCACCCUUGGUGCUGGACGAUACACUUCUUCAAGCGUCAAACUGCUCUCCGAUGGCCAGGGAAUCUGUUUUUAACGGGUGCCUUGCCCCUCCGUGGACUGUACCAUUCAGCAACAGGAGGGGGGUUACUGGCAGAUGUCCCAUCGAUGGCUUGUUUUUGCAUUAAAUGUGAUCACAGAAGGAUUUUUUUAAAGGGGUAGCCAUGGAGCUACAAUAAGCAGGGUAAAAAAUAUUGGAGUGGAGUUGGCCUGUUGUCUUCACAGAUGCCUGGAUAUAUGAGGAGGAUUUGCUUUUAGCUGACAGCAAGAAAGCCAUAUUUACACUGGCACCUCAUCUGAGAUUUCACACAGUACAUACGGAAAAAGAUUUUGAGGAUUUUCAAGUGGAAGCCACAAUCCCUGAUUCUUUUGCACUAUGAAUUUCAUCCCUGCAGUGCAAACUGUUUGCCCUCCAAGAGAUGAUUUACGCUGCUAAGCAGAGUAGUAAUAUUUUUAGUCCAUAAGAAGAGCUGAAAGAGAUUUUUCACUUGUGUCAUGAUCUGCCAUUGUGUAAAACUUUCAAUCUUAAGCUCCAUUUCCUCUGGCAGAACAGCAUCCUCUUCCUGUUUUGUGCCGUAAAGCAAUGCAGCAGAUUUUUAUCUAGAUUUAGUCCUAGUCGUUCAAAAUUUAAAGUUGAACAGAAAUUAAAUUACAUUUGCUGAGAAAUCAGUGUAUGUAUAACCAUAUUGUUUUGACUUGUGUACUUAGAUGGUCAAAAUUGUAAUUACCAAAAAGAAGAAGUUUUGUAUUUAUUUUUCUGGAGUGACGGCGCCCCCUACAUUAGCGUUCAUUAGGGUUUGUGAAUUCUUGGUAUUGAUUGACAAUGCCGGUACUCUAAUUUAAUCGGUGCGAUAUCUGUGUCAGCAAGGACAAAAGAUAGUUUGGCGUAUUACUUCAAUUCCAGCUGCCACACAGGCCGAUGUUGUUAGCCUUUGCUUUGUCCCAUCUGUGAUCGGAGCUCUCCAUACGUUACUCCAUGUCGUGAUUCGAAUCACAGGGUAAUGUCCGUACGUAAGUUUACAGGAUUACCUGUUCAUGCACCUGGUCAUUUGCCAUCUCCACACCUGGACCCAUGAAAAAGGGACAGCUAAUGCUAGCUAGACCCUCCUCUUUUGCAUGAUGUGGGACAAAUACAACACUGAGCGUGCAAACCAGGCUAAAUUGCGUAGCCUAGCAUGCUAGCUUUCACCUACAGACGUGAAUACAAACUCAGACUUAGCAUUGUAAUUGGGUAGUAUGUUUUUUAUUCCAUAAUCAAAGAUUCAUUCAAAUUUCAAAAAGCUCAUCUUUUCAUCUAAAUUCAGAUGAGUUUGGGAUGCGUUUCACUCUUUCAUCUUUCUGUCAGUGUGAGAAACUUUAGCUCCAUUUGCUCUGAACAGUGCCUCCUGUUCUGUGCUGCAAAGCCAUCAAACUGGUUUCCCAUCUUCUCUGAGAUGGUCGGAUUUGUGUAAACAAAAAUCUCACAAGUACCAGGAAACGUAUUUAUUGAUAAAGCACCUUUUAACAAACGAGACCAGGCUGAGAUGCCAGUGUAAACAAGGCUCAGAGAGUCUGAAUGAAGUGGACUAGUGGCCAUACUUGUACUUAGACCAACAACUCCUUCCAUCAUGUGCUUUGAUUUCUUUAUUUGGGACAACGGAACAUUUUUGUCACCAGUGAAAAUGUGAAUACUUUAUCGGCUUUACCUUUUUUAAGGAAAAGCAAGAAAAUGUGGGGGGAGGCGGGGAAUGUAUGGUGCAUUUUUAUUAAUCAGCGAGGACCCGAAUUGCAUGAUCUCCCCCCUCCCCGAUCCGCCCUGCGUGGCUUCUUUUUGCAUCCCACCAAACACCCUCCACCCCUUCAUGUGCAUCGAUGUGAAAUUUGUACAUAAAACACAACACUUACUAACUUUGUUUUAACUUUACAUUUUAUCAUUUCAUCUAAAACUGUUUAUUUUCCAUUUCUUAGGAAUCUAAUUUAAUCGAGACAUGUUCUUUUCCAGUGGGAUGUAUUUAUUUGCUGAUUUAUUUAUUCCUCGAGCCGUUCUGUAAAGGAGAGUGCAAUGUCAUCACUGUAGGCCAGUAACUCCAUGCUUUUUUAAAAAAUUUAAUUAUGACUAUGAUUAUUAAAGCAUGUGUUCCUAUGGGCCUGUGUACAAUCAA